CUCUGAUCAGCUGACAGUGGAGGCUGCAGAGGGCAAUUAACAUAAGAAAAUAGAAUUGUUACGCCUUUCAGGGUAUCAAUAUUUUCCUAAAAGACUGGUACAUCUAGGAAAUGUUCAAUAAGAAGUAGUCGCUGUUCACAAGAGAACAUGGCAGGAAACAGCCUGGUAUUACCCAUAGUGCUAUGGGGCCGCCGCGCACCCACACACUGCAUCUCCAGUCUGCUGGUGAUGGAUGAUUUUGCCACCAUAAUCACGGGCUGCCACGAUGGACAAAUCUGCAUCUGGGAUAUGACACCUGAGCUGGAGAUAAGUCCACGUGCCCUUUUGUUUGGACACACUGCUUCCAUCACCUGUUUGUCUAAAGCCAGCGUUGCCAGCGACAAGCAGUACCUAGUCAGCGCAUCGGAGAGUGGUGAGAUGUGCCUGUGGGAUGUCAAUGAUGGCCGCUGCAUUGAGUUCACCAAGCUGGCCUGUGCUCACACUGGCAUCCAGUUCUACCAGUUCACCAUCGGCACCCAGCGCGAGGCCCGUCUCCUGUGCCACGGCCACUACCCUGAGAUUCUGGUGGUGGACGCCACCAGUCUGGAGGUGCUCUACUCGCUGGUGUCCAAGAUCUCGCCCGACUGGAUUAGCUCCAUGAGCAUCAUCCGCUCGCACCGAACACAAGAGGACACAGUGGUAGCUGUGUCUGUUACUGGCAUACUGAAGGUGUGGAUCAUAACGGCUGACGUGAGCAGGAUGCAGGAUCUGGACCCAGUGUUUGAGGAGGAGUCCAAGCCCAUCUACUGCCAGAGCUGCCAGAGCAUCUCCUUCUGUGCGUUCACCCAGCUCUCCCUGCUGGUGGUCUGCUCCAAGUACUGGAGGGUGUUUGAUGCGGGAGACUACUCUCUGCUGUGCUCCGUGCCCAGUGAGAAUGACCAAGCCUGGACUGGAGGAGACUUCAUCGCUGCUGAUAAAGUCAUCAUCUGGACUGAGGACGGGUGCAGCUACAUUUACAAGCUGCCUGCCAGCUGCCUGCCCGCCAGCGAGCAUUUCCGCAGUGACAUAGGAAAGACAACAGAGGGCUCCAUCCCCCCUCUGGUCUACAGCAUCGCAGAUCGCGCCGACAAACAGGUAGAGGAGGGGUGUGAGGGGGAGCUCGUGGUGUGUCUCCCCGACGUCGCGGUCGACCCGGCGCUGUACACCCCUCAGCUGCUGUACCUCCAGCGGCCUCUAGAGGCACCAGUAAGCCCCAGCCCGCAGCAGGACGGAGGCGCGGCACGCGGCACAGCCAGCAGGGGGAGCCCUCCCCGGCCUCCGAGGCACCGCAGCAUCCACUCAGCCAUUCACCUGCUCCAGCGCAAGCCUGACACGGGCCACCACAGCCCAGCUGGGCCAUGGUGCUGGUGUGGGGAGGGGAUGGUGUGGACCCCAGCCCUUGCCACACUCCUCAUAUGCCCCCCGGUGACGCGGUUCUUCUAUGGCCGGCGCGAGCCCUUCCACAAGCUGCUUGUGCAGGGGGACUCGGCUGGCCGCCUCUCUCUGUGGAGCGUCCCAGAGACCUCUCCUCUACAGCCCCUGUCCUCGGCUGCAGAGCUGCAGGUAUCCUCCACCAUCAGCUUGCAGGAGGCCUUUGACAAGCUCGCGCCCCGGUCAGCGGGCAUCAUAGACCAGCUGAGCGUAGUUCCUGGCUCGGAGGAGCCCAUCAAGGUGACGGCCAGCGUAUACAUCCCCGGCCAGGGCCGGCUGGUGUGUGGCCGUGAGGAUGGGAGCAUCAUUCUGGUGCCCGCCACCCAGACAGCCAUCGUCCAGCUGCUGCAGGGAGAGCAUAUGCUGCGCAGAGGCUGGCCUCCACACCGCACCCUCAGGGGUCACCGGAACAAGGUGACGUGUCUGCUGUACCCCAACCAGGUGUCUGCGCGCUACGACCAGCGCUCGCUGGUGUCGGGCGGCGUGGACUUCUCUGUCAUCGUGUGGGACAUCUUCACGGGCGAGAUGAAGCACAUCUUCUGCGUCCACGGAGGAGAGAUCACCCAGCUGCUGGUGCCGCCCGAGAACUGCAGCACGCGGGUGUCCCACUGCGUGUGCUCGGUGGCCAGCGAUCACUCGGUCGGCCUGCUGAGCCUGCGGGAGCGCAAGUGCAUCAUGCUGGCCUCGCGACACCUCUUCCCCAUCCAGGUCAUCAAGUGGCGGCCAUGCGACGACUACCUGGUGGUGGGCUGCUCCGACGGCUCCGUCUACGUAUGGCAGAUGGACACAGGUGCGCUGGACCGCUGUGUGAUGGGCAUCACGGCCGUGGAGAUCCUGAACGCGUGCGACGAGCUGGCGCCGGCGGCGGUGGACGCUCUCAACCACCCGGCGGUCAACCUGAAGCAGGCCAUGACACGCCGCAGCCUGGCCGCCCUCAAGAACAUGGCCCAGCACAAGCUGCAGACCCUCGCCACCAACCUGCUGGCCGCCGACAACGCAGACAAGGGGAACCUGCCCAAGUACUCCCACAAUGCACUUGUGGUACAAGCGAUGAAGACCAAUGUGACGGACUCGGACAUGCAUGUGCUCUUCUUUGACGUGGAGGCGGUGAUCAUCCAGCUGCUGACCGAGGAGGCCCAGAGGCCCAACCCCAUGCUGGUCUCCCCGGAGACACUGCAGAAAGCUCCUGGCGGGGCGGACAAAGGCGGCUCCUUGCUGGCCAGCAAGAUCUUUAAACAGGUCAAAGAGACCAUUAAGGAGAAUAUCAAAGAGCAUCUCCUGGACGAGGAUGACGAGGAGGAAGAAGAGAUGCGCCGCCGUGAGGAGAAGUCCAAGUCGCUGAGCCUGCUGGAGUACAACCUGACCAUGGACACGGCCAAGCUCUUCAUGUCCUGCCUGCACGCCUGGGGCCUGAACGGCAGCCUGGACGAGGUGUGCCUGAGCCGCCUGGGCAUGCUCAAGCCGCACACGCCCAUCUCCUUCGGCCUGAUCUCCCGCGGCGGGCACAUGUCCCUCAUGCUGCCCACCUUCAAGGAGUCCCUGCUGCGGCAGCUGGCACUGGGCACUGGGCCCGACCCCGGCCGAAAGCUCUCCGUGUCCGAGAUCGUGGGCAAGGGCACGUACGGCGUGUCGCGCGCCGUCACCACGCAGCACCUGCUCUCGGUCAUCUCGCUGGCCAACACCCUCAUGGGCAUGACCAACGCCACCUUCGUGGGCGAGCACAUGAAGAAGGCCCCGGCACGCCCCCCCAGACCGGGCACCCCAGAGACCCUCAGGAAGAGUGGCCCACCGCCUCCCCCAGCCUCCAGCCCCGCGAUGCAGGCUCAGAUCAAACAAGCUGCUGCCGCUGCUGCCCCCAGCACUGGGCCGCCCGGCUCUGGGGCUAGUCUCACUGGCCCUGCUUUUCAUCCCUGUCCUUCAGUCAACGAAGGCUGGAGCCAGCUGGCUGCCAUGCACUGCGUGAUGCUGCCCGAUCUGCUGGGACUGGACAAGUUCCGACCCCCCCUGCUGGAGAUGCUGGCCCGCCGCUGGCAGGACCGCUGCCUGGAGGUGAGGGAGGCAUUGAGACCCCUGCUUUCGCUGCUGGAGCUGCGGAGGAUUGGUCAGUCUGGCAGGAAGGACACCAUUGAUCUGUGGGCCCCAUACCUGCCCCAGUAUGUGGACACCGUCAGCUCCCCCACGGCAACUGAGGCGCCCCAGCCAAUCCCGCCACCCCCUGAGCCGCAGCCAGUGGAAGUCAAAGUCCAGGAAGAGGAAAUAGAUGUGACAGACGAUGAUAUCACUGCAGGCUGCCUGUCCAACCUGCGCCCAGCAGCUAGAAGAUCUCCAACAAAUGCGAGCGGGCGGAGCAGGCCCCCGACCAUCGUGCUGCUGGGCGUGAUCGGGGCGAAGUUUGGGUGGCUCGAGCACCCAAGCUGCCCGCCCGGCUUCACCGCCCGACAGGCCCCCGAGGGCUUCGGCCUGACCACCGGCGGCUCCAACUACUCCCUGGCGCGCCACACCUGUAAGGCUCUGACGUUCCUGCUGCUGCAGCCCCCCAGCCCGAAGCUGCCCCACAGCACCAUCCGCCGGACGGCGAUUGAUCUGAUUGGCCGCGGCUUCACGGUGUGGGAGCCAUACAUGGACGUGUCUGCUGUGCUCAUGGGCCUGCUGGAGUUGUGUGCCGACGCCGAGAAGCAGCUCUCCAAAAGUGUUGAGAGCCUGAAAGUACAGAAGAAAGGGAAAACACAGGCCCGGUCUCAGUCAGCCAGAGGGCCGGGGUCAGUGCUGACGGUGCACAGGCACACGGCGAUGCAGUCGCAGGGCUCACAGUCGCAGCAGAACGUGCACACCACCACUCUGGCCCGCGCCAAGACCGAGAUCCUGCGGGUCAUCGAGAUCCUCAUCGAGAAGAUGCCCAGCGACGUGGUGGACCUGCUGGUCGAGGUGAUGGACAUCAUUAUGUACUGCAUCGAGGGCUCUCUUGUCAAGAAGAAGGGCCUGCAGGAGUGUUUCCCUUCUAUCUGCAAGUUCUACAUGGUGGGGUACUGUGAGCGUAGUCACCGCAUUGCUGUCGGAGCGCGACAGGGCUCUGUGGCUCUGUAAUGACCGUCCGACCGCAAGUGUCAGCACAUUCACGGCCAUAAAGGGCCCAUCACAGCCGUGUCCUUCGCCCCAGAUGGGCGCUACCUGGCCACCUAUUCCAAUGCCGACAGCCAUAUCUCCUUCUGGCAGAUGAACACAUCUCUGCUGGGCAGCAUCGGCAUGCUGAACUCUGCUCCACAGCUGCGCUGCAUCAAGACGUACCAGGUGCGGGUAGCCGGACCUCGCCGGAGCUCCCAGAGCAUCCUGGAAGCUGGCGGCGCCCUCAUCUGGACCUCCAACAUAGCGUCAUCCUCCAUGGCACCGCGGCGGCAAGGAGCACGCUUCAUGCUGGAGGAGGAAGAGGAGCUGGAGGAGGAAGAGGAGCCGCCUCAGGGUCACGUGGUUAUCAACCAAAGGGUUCUACUGUAG